GGUGAUCACCUUUCCCAACCGUGGCCCGUCUAUCACCCGUUCAAGGACCUACUUGCCGAUAUCCUGAAACUACAAAACAAACAAGCAUGCUUAGCAUUUCUUUUCUCGCCUUUCGCGGCGUGCCACGCACUUGUAUGCAUGGCACCGACCAGCAGGGGCAGCAAUCGCAAUCGAGGUGGUCUAUCCGAGUUCAGAAUGAAACGCAGAGGCAGCGCACCGGGGCCAUCGACCUCGCCGACAUGCAGCAGCAGGAUGCUGCUUCCGCUGUAGGUCCUGAGCCCGAUGCCCGGCGUCCUCUGUGGGAAGAUGAACUGGAAAUCCAAGACACGACGGACGGAAAAGAGGGUGUUGAUGGCGUUGAGAUCGCGGUGGUGUUUGAUGUCGAGUCAAGGUGA